GACGUUUGAAGCAGACACCUCCCACCCAAAAAUAGAGGUCACUGCGGCUUCAGUUUGGGACGAAGCAUUCGCCGGAAUCAAAAUCAAAAUCGGCGAUAGCAAUUAGCAACAGUCCCAAACAACAAUGAGGUACAAUUUCGACCUGAACGAAGCUGAUUCUGAUCCACCUCGAUCUCUAACUCCAAAACGGGAUGUUGAUUGGGUUCCUCUCAAGACCCACCCCGUUUUCACUCCCGCCGCUGCCUCCGCCUCCGCCUCCGCCGCCAAUUAUGGCGGUUCUGUUCCUCCGCCUCUUAGAAACCUUCUGGUGUCCGACGGCGCCUCUCGUCUCUAUUUCUGGGACUCCACCAAACUCUGCUUGCACCGGAUUUCCAUCCGCCUCGGAGAACCCGAACCCACCUCCGUCCUCGCCGCUUCUCCUUCUAAAGUGUUGCGACCGGAUGUGCAACUUGAUUUUUUGGUGCAUAAGAUUUCUAUCAAUCAGAAUGGAUCGGCAUUGGCCCUUGUGGGUUCAGGCGGGUUGGGCAUAAUGUACCUUUAUGGUCAUAGUUCUACUAGAGAUGACAACACAGUCAUUUGUAGGACUGUUAAAGUUGGUCCGCAAAUCUACUGUGGUGGCCAUGAUGUCAUACGCACGCUUCAAGUUUCUUGGCACCCAUAUAGUAACUUCCAUCUUGGUGUCCUUUCAUCUGAUUCUGUUUUCAGGCUUUUCAAUUUGUCUUCAGAUAUUGUGCAACCAGAGCAAGAAUAUUAUCUACAGCCAGUGGAACCUGGUCAAUCUAAAAAUGCCACGUCAAUCUGCCCUGUUGAUUUUUCAUUUGGGGAAGACCAUUUGUGGGACAAGUUCAGUGUGUUUGUUUUAUUCAGUGAUGGUUCAAUUUACAUCCUUUGCCCAGUUGUUCCAUUUAGAAGUGUUUACAAGUGUGAAUCUAUAUUGGAGAUUUAUAACGAUGCUCAGUCCUAUGGGCUCAAAUCAGCCAAUCCAACAGCUGUCAGUAAUUCCGGUCUUGCAAUUUCUUGGUUGGAAGAAACUUUUCCAAAUUUAGUCCAAGCAACAGAUGGAGGGGACGCAUAUGUGAUAGUAGCCCAUCCUUGUGCUUUAUUUGAUGCGUCACUUGCAAUGCAGGGGCCUUUGAGGAGAGCGUGUAAUGAUGAUGGAGAUGAAGAAGAUGUAUCAAUUAAAGGUGCAGAAUGUGAAGGCCGUGCAGUAAGUUUAUUAUAUAAUCUAAUCAGCAAAGACUCUGUUCUUGUGACAGCGUGGAGUGGUGGGCAACUGCAGAUUGAUGCCCUUGCAGACGAAAUUCAACCUGUCUGGAAUCUUGGUUGUCCCCCACGUGUACGUGUUGAUCCGAAUGACAAUAUUCUCGGUCUUGCCAUGAUAUGUGAAGUGGUUACAGGGAAGCUCUCCAAGGUGAAGCUUGAUCAACCACUUGAUCAUACUGUUUGGUUGGGGCUCCCGCCCCCUUUGCUGAGACUGGCUAUCGUAGAUCUAGCCCUUCCAAAGAAAAUGGAGAAAGAUUCUCUUAUAACAAUGUUUGUUGAUAAACUUAUGGAUCAAAGAAUUUAUGCUCUUCAUAAUGGAGGUAUAGACUCGAUUAUAUUGCAUUUUCUCCCAUUCACUAGUCAAAGCAAAGGACAGAACCAGACCAUGAGAACUCCCUCUGUGCAUCCUGUUCUGAAUGCCUGCCAGGGAGACACUUCCAACCCUUCUCCACUUUGUGGUUUUGCCUCAUUAUCUGAUUCAUUAGGAUAUUCUUGGAUUCUGGGAGUUACCCUUUCUCAAGAGUGCAUUGUUCUAGAGAUGAAGACUUGGAACCUUCUAGUCCCAGUUCAGGUUAGCAAUUUCCUAGAUGAGGGAAAAUCAGCUGCAGCAGGAACAGGAGAGAAAAAUGAAAGUGAAAGAUCUGAAAUUAUAAGCAAAGAUCUUCUUGGCGGACCUAAGGUGGUUCUCCUUCCUCAGUCAUCAUCAACUAUGCGUUCUGUGACUGCUGAUUCCAUUGAAGGACGGUCCAUGCUUCAUCAGUAUUUCAAGCUCUUCCAUGAAAAUUACGUGGAGUAUGCGCAUGCGGUGUACUACGAGCUCAAGCAGCAUGAGCCCAAGUUGAAGAGGUUAAUUGACGAUCAGCAAACUCGUUUAAAAGAGGCACAACAGAAGCUCAUAAAAGUAGAGGGGAAACAGCAAUUAUUGGACGACAGGAUAGAACGUGCAAUCAAACUGCACAAUGUCCUGGAAGAGCGGAUACAUCAGUUGAAGAACUUGCCAGGGGCUCACAAAAAGCCGUUGUCCAAAGCGGAAAGAGAGUUCAAAUCGACACUUGACCACUUUACAGAUAUUGAGUUGGACGCAUUGCAUACUUCGAUUGAUACACUAACUGCAAGACUAAGGAGGUUCACAAAUUCUAAGAACAACAAUCUAGUGAACCAACAACAAAAAAUGUACAGGAGAAACACUUAUAUCCAAAGCUCUCAGAUCUCCCAACUCAAAUCAUCGCUUGAGAAACUCUCCCUCCUCAAUGCUGAGAACACUAAAAAGGUUAAGCUAGUUGAAUCUACAAUACAAAGCAAAGAGAGGAAAAUAUGCUGAUAUCUUCUCUUCUCUGUACUUGAAUGUGUGCAAUGGAAUGAUAUCUCUGACUAUUUCUGUAAAGAAGCCUGCCUCAAACCCCCCAAAUUCUGCAGACUCAAGUCAAAUCAUCUGAAUUUUGAAGCCUGGAGAACAUCUGACCAGAAGAUAUGUAGGUUGAAGAUAAUGUUUGAUUGGUCUGAAAAUUGGCGCUCUUGGAGAGGGGCUGAGAGAAGAAGUGAUAUUUAUAGUUUUUGUAUUGGUAAUUCAUUGGCUGUACUAUUGAGUAGCUCCAUAUUCUGUGUAUUAUAAAACUCAUUACUUUAGCAUAUGAUCUUAUUCAUACAAGAUUAAGCGAAA